UAUCGAUGUAUGCUUGGUUGUAAAUUAACAACAACAAAAAAAACUAUUCUUUUGAUUUGCAUAUUGUGUGAACAGAAAGAAGAAAAUGCUAAAGAAGAUAUUCACUACUACUUGCUACUGCUUUCCAAUACUAACGCUAACUAGAGCACCAGCCAAAUACAAUCGCUAUGCACAUUAUAAAAAGAAAACAUCAUUUAUUAUAUCUUAUCGUAAGUUUAGAAUUACCAACCAAAAAAUAAAACAAUACAAAAUAACGACAAGAACUAAAUAACAAUUAAAAUGAUCAUGAUAAUGGCUGCACCCAUGAAACGAAAAAAAGUAGCUAUUUAACGACUGCUAAAUGCGCGUGGGAUUGUUUACUAUUCUUAGUUCUUCUUUUUUGUCCUGUCAAAAAUCUGACAAAAUUUUAGUGGAUGUUGAUAAGCAUGGCUAAUCAUUUUCUUACAAAUGGCGUCUCUCUCCCUUCUCUUACUCAACAAAGAGAGAAAAAAGAACAAGAUUUUAAUAUUUAAUAAUUUUUUUCAGCUUCAUUUACACAAGCUCACCUUCUUCCAUCUUUACCUACUGCAGCUAAUUCACCGCAACAUCUAGUUAUGAAUGAUUCAACGACAAAAACAAUAUCAAAUGAUAGUGAUUCAUCAUCACAAAAUUCACCAAAAAAAGAAGCUCGUUGCCUUAUUUAUUCAUAUCCAUAUAAACUAAAUCAUUACAAUGGUGUAACAAAUAAUUUUCCAGGUGGAAUAUUUCAAUGUGUUCGUAAAGUGUCAUUAUUUGAUGAACGUCAUUUUGAACAUGAAUUUUUUCUUCAAAUUCAAAAAUCAAUUCCUUUGAUGCAACAAUUCAUUGUAGUUAAUCAACAACGACAAACUAAUAAAAAAUUUGGAAAAGCAAACAAUGAAAACGGAGAUUUAGCGACCAUUCAUUACCCGGAUCUUGAACAUCUUGAUCAUCUUGAUACUUGCAUACAUUAUCAUCGACAAUUCUUAUUGGAUGCCAAAAUGUGUUUAACAUAUCAUGUGCGUGUUUAUAUGAAUUAUGAAAUAGUUGAUAUAAAAGUGACACGCAACUUUCGAAGAAACUCAACACGAAGUAAUUGUGCGAAAAUGAAUCACGUAUAUUUAUUUAGAAAACUAGAAUAUCAUGGACCUUUUUACGAAUUUUUUCGUCCAAAAAUACAAUUUCCUGAAGAUAUAAAAGACUAUUUUCCUUAUGCAGAAAUAAAGUGA